CAGACUGAUUACAGACUGCGCGCAUCCGCCCAUCGAUGUCAAGGGAGGGGCAAAAGAGGGGUGUCCAAAGUGUAGGAAUUCAAUAGACUUCGUAGUUUACACCAGUUUACACGCAGAUGGCGGUAGCAGCUACGGCGCCGUAAUAUGGCCGAGUGGUAGUGUCUUUAUACUCUGUGGGUAGUGUUGAGCGUUCGCUUACUCCCCAAGUGUGAAGAGAUUUUGAAGAUCUGAUGUAUGGAGGCGUUGCACGAAUGUUUAGGCCAGCAAUGUCGGCGCUCCAACCUCAGCAGCCUCAGCAGACACAUUCUGCUCAGCAGCGCGCUAGGGAUGAUACAGCCGCCAGACGCCAGGUUAUGGCCCCCGUGGCAACCGGCCAGAUGACGAAAGGCGAUACGUCUUCAGGACAUGAACCGAGAAAUUCGGCCUCGCAUCAUGUUCCUGGCGUUUACUACGAGGACCUCUUAGAUCCUCUAUGUCACAGAGUUUCCCAAGCACUUGAUGGAAUGAAGAGUGCUCUGUCAGGAGCAACACCACCUGCAAUGGCUGGAAUGUAUUCGUAUGAGGACUUUAUGCAUCUGUACAGAAGCACAAGAGAAAACAUUCUGAUGGCUUUGGAUGAUUUCUUGGUGGGAAUAAGCUUACGUCACAGAAUUCCUCAUGAACAUGCUGCAGCUGAGCAGGGUGCUGCAGCAGGUCUUUACCCUGGUUCACCCAUGAGCUCUCGAGAGGUGCCUCAACUACCUUUGGAACACUAUCUUGACUUGAAAUUGGAAGCUGCUGUAGGUGAACAUGUGCGAGUGGGAGGUCAUUUAUAUCCUGAAGCUCCUGUUGGUUCACAGCAAAGAUCUCCUCAAGAUAUGGGCCUCAAAGGAGCUCUUGGAUCAGGGCAGGAAAACUCCAUUGAGUCACAACAAGCAACGGAUGCUCCACUUCGUUUUGGUUGUGAAAGCUGUGGGAAAAGAUUUGCUACUUCUGCUGAUUUGGUUCGGCACUGCCAAGAGUUGCAUGCAAGAGAACGCCCAUAUGUCUGCACGGUGUGUGCAAAAAGCUUUAAGAAACGUUGUCAUCUUGACCGUCACUCUAUUUUACACUCUGGAGAACGUCAGCACACGUGCGAGAUUUGUAGAAGUACAUUUUAUAGAUCUGAUAUCCUUGAUAGACAUCGUAGGACGCAUGUUGGUGUGAAGCCUUACCGGUGCGACAUCUGUGGUCAUGGCUGCCGAGAUGCCUAUUCUUUGGCAUUACAUCACAGAACACAUACUAGGGAGCGCAUGUCUCCUUGUACCACAUGUGGAAAAAUGUUCCGCAAUUCAUGCCUGAUGCGACAUACCACCAGCUGCCGACAAAAUCCACCGACUUUGCCAGAGGACUAGCAGCAAAGCUCUUUGGCUGAUGUUCUUGCCAUGCAAAAUAUGUCUUUAGCACAGACAUCUAUUUUUGCAGUGUACAACCAGCAUAUUUCAACUUUUGCACUGCCACAGAGUAUGCCUGUUAUUGUAAGAAGUUGGUAAAUAUCUGACACUGCACUAAUCACACAUUUCAUAUCGUAAGCAUGUGAUGCCUUCUACAAUUUGUGUAGAUAAUUUUCUCACUUUUUUAAAUAGUAAGUUUAGUUACUAUAUCACUGCCAUUUAAAUGGCUUAGUUUUAAAAAAAAAUAAUGUUCUAUUAUGCACAGUGGUUACUUUUUAUUCACUAACAAUUUUUAGAUUGUAGAGAGCAGAAAUGACAUGUGGGAUAAUGUAAUGAAAUUGCAGUUUUAAUGGUGUGGGGAAAAUAUUGUAUCUCAGUCCUAGGUAAAUAUUUGUAGGUUUUUUAUGAGAAGAUUAUGUGACUUUCGACAAGGCUGUGAGUCUUACUUGAGCAUCAUAGCGAUAUUUGGCAGUUGUGAGAGAGGAUUUUCUUUUUUUUCUCUUUUUUUUCCUCCCCCCCCCCCCCCUUCAUUGAUUCUACAUGAUUGAAUUUACUCAUAAAUUGUUAAAUCAAUACUCCAUUUUUUAAAUUUAAACCAAUUGCGUUCUGAAAAGUAUGUUUCUUGCAGUGUUUGUCUUAUCUAUUACAAUAUCAGGAUUUAUUAAAUGGAAACUUGUUGCAAGUUUCUUGUAUUUAUUUUUCUAUUAACUUUUCUCUUUGUUGUCAGUCUCCAGAAGACAACUCUCGGUGAUGAAUAUUAAUAUUAUUCAGCGUACUUGUGUGUAGUUAUUAGAAAAGCAGACACAAGUAAAGUAGUCUGUUAAUGAGAGAGAAUUUUGGUGGAAAAUAUUUCUGUCAUUGUUGAUCAUUUUUGAUCAGUAGCAAUAACUUGAUUUGCUUGCAAGUAUGUAGGGUAUCUUUCUGUAUAAUCUUUCCAUUGGGUGCUUGGAAGUAUUUGUGCAUUACCCCUUCUAUUAGUUACCCUUACUACUGGCUCAGUUCCCAGGUCUUCAUCUAAAUCUUCGCUUCAAGAGAAAGUUUAUAAACAUGCUUUUUUGUACUCCUUUUGUGUUAUUACAAGAUGGUUCCUCAAAAAUUAGAGUAAGGACUUAAAACUGUGAAGUAUGCAUAUGUGGAGGAAUGGCUUUUAAUAUGUCAGAUGGUUGUUCAAAUAAGCUUGUUACUGUGAGGGUGGAAAUAUCAAAAUUUGAUGUUUCAGUGUGUGUGUGUGUGUGUGUGUGUGUGUGUGUGUGCAUGUGUGUGUGAGGAUCUUGGUAUUCUAACUGAUUAAAACGUAAUUGUACCAUUGGGCUAGUAAAACAAGGAUUAAUGGUCUGCUAUCGUUUAUUAGAAACUUGAAUGCGGAAGUAACAUGUAGUGUUUCUACUUGGUUUGUAAAAUUCAUAAAUUGUAACAUAGUUUUAUGUGGUCCAAUGCAUCAUUUAUUGAAAGGUUGAUAAUGUAAAAGAUUAAUUGUGCUGGUUGUGAUUAUAUUUGUAUUAGUUUUCUUGGAGUUAUAGUAAUGUAAUAAUGUAAGGUUUGGCUGCUUCAAUUUGAGUACAGUUUUAAAACUUCGUAUGUGUGAAACGUGAAAGCACAAUAUUAUCCAACUGUUUAUGAAGUGAAGAACCAAUGAGGAAUAAUAAUUAAGGAAUGUUUUGUCAAUGAUUGUAUUAUUAUUAAGGAUUCAUGUUUUGUACAAAGUAUAGGAAACAUUGCCAUGACUGAUUUUGUGUGGGUAUUGCAAUGUUUUGAGUUUAUACAUUAUUAUUUUGUAUAUAAAGAGCUUUGGAUCUGACAGUUCUAUGCCCUUCUAUGCACUUCAGAGUGAAAUACAAUUAAAAACAAAAAUUAUGUCUGUAAGGUACCUCUGUAAAAAGGUAUCUAUUACAAACUUUACCAUCUUUGUAUUGUCUAAAUUUAAUACUCCUGAGAAAGAUACGAACUAGAAGGCUGAUGUAGAUGGAAUUUUUCACUUUUUGCCAAAUGUCGCACAGAACUAUCUGAUCCCCUGCUCUUCUUAUUUGUAUAAUAUUAUUUAUACAUUUAAUUUAACUUUUUUAUGACACUUAUAUUGUAAUUACCCAUACCAACAUGAAAUGAGAUUGUGGAGCUUUUAAUGUAAUUGUUUUAACAGUUCCUUUGCAAGAAAUUGUACAUCAAUGGAAGAAUGGAAUUAUAAGAAAAUCUUUUCUUCGCUCAUUUAGCAGUUGGUCCCUUCUAAACACACAUAAUAGUUGAAAGUUAAAAUAGUGGAUAAACAAAAUUCCUACUACCUCUACUAAUACCUAUGUUAUUGAGGAGGCAUCAAAUUGCACUCUUAUUUAGAAAUCAGUAAUGAGCAUUCUCCAGAAACAUAAGUAUGUUGAUGGCUGAAAAUAUUCUUAUAAAAUGUAAAAAAGAGGUAAAUGAGAAAGAAUUAUUUCUUUGUUCUAUCAAAUACAAGAAUGGCAGAAAAAAAAUAAUCUCAUCACAGUUCAUUACGUACCUGAAACCAAAAAAAAACAACAACAAAAAACGUUGAAUUUGUAAAAGAUGACAAAAUCUAGUUAAUUUUAAACAUUGAAAACUUUUUGUUCAGAGCAGUAAAAAGAAAAUAGGAUAUCUAUUAAAAUAGACUCAAUAACAUUACUAAGGAAGAAAAAUGUAGAAUUUUUUUUAUGGAAUAUUCAAUUAGGUCGUAAUUGAUCAAGUAAGGAAAGUUUUAAUAUUUGAAAAAUGGCCCACGAGGUAUGGUUAAGGACUUGGAAUGACAUAAUUCAGGAAGUCACAAGCAAACUCGGUAGUAAUUAUUUAGAAACUAUAGGUUAAUAAAAUAUAGAAAUCACAGAUCAGACAAGGCAAUUGAUCUAGAAAAAUCAGUGGGAAAAGGAUUGAUUUCAAAAUAAAUUUCAAAUGCUCAAAUCCAAUGCAAAUGGUAACAUUUUUGUUGCUGUGACGUGACCUAGCAAAUAGAAUGGAGAAAUGUGAAAUGUUGGCAACCGCCCCUCCCCGUACAUUUUUUAAAUUUCUAUUAUCCUUUAUAUUAAACAUUACAUAAAGUAUAUUUUACACAUUUUAACUUGACUAAAAUUAAUUCCAAAACAUUUCCCUUGCCCUUCCAUGCACCCCUUAUAGUGUAGAAGAGUCGUUUACCUCUCUGAAUAUGAUAAGAGCCUGAUUAAAAUCAACAUUGAUAGAAAAAAACUCGGUAUAUAAUACUUCUUGUUAAACAAAGGCUCUUUUUUUACCUUAAGAAAACGAAGAAUGUAAACAUGAAUUCUUUGAUACAAGUUUCAGAAAUUCUCGGGAAAUUCUUGAUCGAUUAAAAAUGCUUCUUUGUUUAUAUUUUAAACAAUUUUUUUGUUUGUGAAAAUUACAUAUUGCAGUAAAGAAUAUUUAUGCUUUCAGUCUAUAUAUAUUAUAUUAAUUUAAAAAAAGCUCAAAUUUAUCAAUUUUGUAUUAAUGAUAAAUUUAAAAUUAAAAUGUAUUGUUAUUAUUUAGUCAUUGUAUUAGUCGUUAUUUUAUACUUUCUUUGAUGUCACUAGCUCAGGUAUCACUAAUUAUUUUAUUCCACUUUACUCUAUUAAUAAUCCUCCCAAAUGAAAUUCCAUGGUACUUACAAAUGUGAAAAAAUGGGAAAAAAAUUAGUCGAUUGAUUAGAUUGAGGAAAAGGAGUUAAUAUUUUUUAACAGGAAAAAUCAAGAUUUCAAGAAAAAUUAGUAUGGAACAAAAACAUUCUCAAAAUCACUUUUGUAAUACAAGCUUUAGGAAGAUUUAGAAAUGAUGGAUUAACAAAUACAUUUGAAAUGCAUCACAUCUACUGUGCUUCGUAAUAACCAACUUUUGAUAAUUAAAUGCUAAUGUGGGACCUUAUCUCAGUUAAGUCUUCAAGAUAUUUCUAUAAUAUUAUUUGUCAAUCACACAUUUUAUUCUUUUCAAAACCCUUUAAUCGAGAAUUGUUUAUGUUCAGAAAGCAGAUGUUAGUUGAUAUCAAAAUGUAUUCCUUGAAAAACACAACACAACAGAAGCUGAGUAAAAUGGAAAAAUCCUCCUGUGAGUUCCUCAAACUGAUUUUUUCAUGUUACUUGUAUGAUGAAUCUUCAUAUCACUUAAGUGAUACAAAAUACUAUUCAAAAUUAUUUGAAUACAUUCACAAGACUGCUAAUAUAAGGUCAUGUUCAUUAACAAGUGGCAUUUUUAUUACUGAUUGCAUAUUAGACCUGAUUAAUUUUCAUUUUAGGUGUUUUUAUCCUUUAGCCUUGUGCUUUGUUUCAAAUUUUAAUUCCUAUUAAAAGAGUAUAACUACUCAUAGGAAAUUAUCUGCCGCUGUUUAUGAGAAUGACACUUCUGAUUUAUGCUUGUUUGAAGAUUAUCCUUUAAUGUAAUUCACGCAGAGUGUAAAGUAUUCUGGAAAAAAAAAAAAAAAGUUUUUGUAAGUGUUCACAGCUCCUAGAUUUUCCCUGUGUGGUUAGUUAAGAAUGACCAGUAAAAUUAUGUGAUUACAGACUCUGAAAAGGUUUCACCUUUUAACUGUAGCCUAGAUUUUAGCACUUUCAAUUAUGCUCUUUUGCUGUUAUGAGAAUAAGGAGCAACAAGUAUUUUAUUAAAAUAUGAGGAGACAAGAUGUUAAUCCAGUAUUCUUGUAAAUAUAAACA